AAAAAUUAGAAUUAAAAAAGACAACAUUGACUGGUGACCAUAGCAACUAUAGACAGAGUCAUUCUUUUAUAUAAAAAGCAUUUUUAUUAAUUUUCAAGAUGUAUUCUUGGCAAAAAAAUGGCCAAUAUGAUUAUGAUGAAUAUAAAUUAAAUGAUGAAUUUCAAGUCGAUUCAAAUCAAUCGAUUCGAAGUCUGUACGUCGACGAUGAUGAUGAUGAAUAUUAUCCAAAUAUUCCAGAUGUCGAAGAUUUACACAAUCAAGAAUUCAUGAAACAAACAGCGAUGGCACCCGCUUCAUUAAGUUAUCCUAAAUUAAACACUAUUGAAUUGACACGAGCAAAAUCGCCUAAAAAUCAACAACAAACAAUAUUAUCCUCAAAAGAGGAUAAAGAAUUAUCAACAUUAUUGGAUUGUUUACUACCACGUGAUCAUGUAGAAGAGGACGAUGCAACUUGGUCAUGGGAUUCAUUAAUGACCGAAAUAAUGAAUAAAAUGAAACAUUCUUCAAAAUUUAAAGUUUCAGAGAGAGUUGAAAUUUCAAACAAUGAUUCGGAUUUAGAAUAAC